AUGCAAAAAUUACAUCGCCUACGGGAAGGCGUUUCCACAAGCACAAACAGCCAGUCGUGGUCCAACAACGCAAAACUCCUGUGGGAAUUACUCGUCUAUGACCGGGCCAGCAGCUCCCAAUCUUCUAAUGAUUUCUUUGGAGCAACACUAUCCGACCCUAACGCCAGACAUACAGCCUCUAGAUUCAUGACUCCGGAUCCAGACUUUCCUCUCGUUGGGUCGGCAGGGAUAUCUGGCCACAAGACAGUGGCCAAAGAAGUCGUUGCGUAUCCGCCGGAGUCUGUUUCAACUCCACCAGCCUCUUUUACAUCCGGACCGGAUAUGCAUCAGGUUCCAUCUGCGGAGCCUUUCGGUUUGAUAAAAACACCAGCGGAAGGGAUGCUGAAUGAUAAUCUGUUUCUGGCACCGGAGAGCUAUGGAAGGGCAAUUGAGGAUUGGUGGAAUUUUACUUCUUCAUAG